AUGGGUUCUACUAAGAAGCAAAAGGAGAAGAAGAAGGAUUUUCAAUUAAAAGUUGGUAAAACUAAAGCUAAACCAUCAAAUUUUACAGAUACUUCAUUUGUUGCAAAGAUUCUUUCCAAAAGAAAUCUCGACCAAGAAACAGAUUUGAUCAAAAGAUUAUCACUUGUUAAACAUCAUGCAUCAACAACAAGAAAAGAAACACUUAUAUACAUUCAAGAACAUUUACCAGAAAACCCUUCAUUAUAUAAACAAAUAUUGAACGCUGUGGUGCCAUUAAUAAUAGAUCAAUCAAGAUCUGUACGAUCUGCAUUGAUUGAUUUAUUAGUUCAUGCUUCUGAAAAACAACCAAAUUUAAUGGAAUUACAUACAAGAUCAAUCAUUUUAUUUGUUCAUAGUGCAAUGACACACAUUGUUCCAGAUAUUAGAAAUGAUUCAACUAAAUUCUUGGAUGUUUUGAUCAAAUUUGGUCCAGAUUCCUUAGUUAGAUCUGCUUGGGUGAAGACUCUUAAAUCAUAUUUUGGAUUGUUAAGUUGGACAUUAAAUGAUACUAAACAAUCAGUUUCAUUAGCUAUAACCAGUUCAUCAGUUACAAAUUCAUCAAAUAAAACAAAGAAACAAAGUUUAGAUUCAUUGAUCAAAUUUAUAAAUACUGGUUGUUUCCCAGAUGAAUCUGCCUCAGGUAAACAAAAAAUUGUAUUAACUUCACAUCCAUUAACCACUAAAUAUUUGAUCCCUGUGACACCACAACCAUUUGCCCACCUCAAACUAUUUACAGUGGAACUAUCAUCCAAAACAAAUAAAAACACCACAGAUAAUACAAUCGAUUUAAACACAAUAAGUUGUGAAGAUUAUCUUACAAGAAAAAAAGUUUUAAUUGAAUAUUUCAUCCCACAAAUCCGUAAAAACUCGAAAAAUCUCGUUAAAGAAGGUGGUGAAGUUGGUAAAUCAGCACAUACUUUACUUUCCGUGUGUGAUAAAGUGGAAGAAUCCAUGAAAAGUACUGAUUUGUGA